ACGGGGAUCCGCACGGCCAGCGCCCAGGCUGAGCGCUCGCUGACCGGAGCCUCCUUGGGGGGCGCUCGAACUUGACGCCAUGCCUUGCUGCCCGCGCUCGUGGCAGCGCCUUUCGGAUUCCGAGGGAGAGGAACCCGCCCGCGAACGCCGGCCCCCUCGAUUGCACAGUCCCGGCAGCUCUUGGAAGAACGCCCUGGGCUUCUGGCUCCUGGGCCUUUGCAACAACUUUUCCUAUGUGGUGAUGCUCAGCGCGGCCCAUGACAUCCUCAAACACCAGAGGACUCCUGGAAACCAGAGCCACGUGGACCCAGACCCAACACCUGUCCCCCACAAUGGCUCCUCUCGCUUUGACUGCAACUCGGUCUCGACUGCUGCAGUGCUCCUGGCCGACAUCCUCCCCACGCUGCUCAUCAAGGUGCUGGCUCCCUUCGGCCUUCAUUUGCUGCCCUACAGCCCAAGGGUGCUCGUCAGCGGGGUUUGUGCUGCUGGAAGCUUCAUCCUGGUGGCCUUUUCUCAGUCCGUGGGGACCAGCCUGUGUGGUGUGGUCUUGGCCAGCAUCUCAUCGGGCCUGGGGGAGAUCACCUUCCUCUCGCUCACCGCCUUCUACCCCAGGGUCGUGAUCUCCUGGUGGUCCUCGGGCACAGGGGGCGCAGGGCUGCUGGGAGCAUUGUCCUACCUGGGCCUCACGCAGGCUGGCCUCUCCCCACAGCACACCCUGCUGUCCAUGCUGGGCAUCCCCGCGCUCCUGCUGGCCAGCUAUUUCUUGUUGCUCACGUCCCCGGCACCCCAGGAUCCUGGAGGGGAAGAAGAGGCAGAGACGGCGGCAGCCCGGCAGCCCCUGAUGAGUCCUGAGACCCCCAGGAUGCAACCAGGUAGGAGAGGAAGGGUCCCAGGCUGUUCGCUGCCAGGUCCUUCUGAGUGGGGUCCUUUCCAGCGGUCGGCCGGGGAUGGGCGGGAGUGCUGGCUCCGAGGGAGCCGGGUGCACCUCCCCCAGGUGUACACCGAGCAUGGUCAGGUGGUUCACGUCCUGGCCACAGACAGGGCAGGCGUUGGGCUGGAGGGGCCCUGGGUGGUGGGCUACCCUGCUAGGAAGCUCCCCUACUGCCCACCCCCCUCCUUCAGGUACCAGAUGCUGUACCAGGCGGGUGUCUUUGCCUCCCGCUCUUCCCUCCACUGCUGUCGCAUCCGCUACACGUGGGUCUUGGCUCUGCUCCAGUGCCUCAACCUGGCCUUCCUGAUGGCCGACGUAUGGUUCGGCUUCCUGCCAAGCAUCUACCUGGUCUUUCUGAUCGUUCUGUAUGAGGGGCUUCUGGGGGGCUCGGCCUACGUGAAUACCUUCCACAACAUUGCCCUGAAGACCAGCGAUGACCACCGGGAGUUCGCCAUGGCGACUGCCUGUAUCUCAGACACCUUGGGGAUCUCCUUGUCGGGGGCCCUGGCCUUGCCACUGCAUGACUUCCUCUGCCACCUCUCCUGACCCCCGGGCUCCUGAGGGCCUGGAUGCACUGCCUGUGGGCCAGCAGGCAGGUCAGCCAGGCCCAGAGCCCAGAGUCCAGAGCCCACCCACGAACUCCGCUGUGGAAAGUCCCCACAGCCCCGGGAGGGAUGUAAGUGCCACGGCCCUGCUUUCUCUGAGCGUGGGGACACCCGAGGGCCGCCACAGCCUCCCAGCCCCGAGCUGGUCUCAGGGAGUUUCUUAUGGCUUUAUGGGGGACACCCGAGGGCCGCCACAGCCUCCCAGCCCCGAGCUGGUCUCGGGGAGUUUCUUAUGGCUUUAUGGGCCUCGGAAUAAAUGCCUAUUCUAUCAACCGA